AUGAUGCAGCUUGCGCAAGAGAGGGCGGUCAACAAGUUACGAGAGGAUAUGCCGAUGUCCAAUAUCGACCAGGUGGUCAUGUUUCGACCCACUAAGACACCUUAUAAACCGCAUGUUGACUGCAUGGGGCCUACAGAUGUCGUCGUUUUGUACCCACCGGUAUAUCAUGUAGUGCGGAUGCGGGUGAACGUCAAAUCGUACAGAGGGCAUAUUUCGGAUAUGCGUGCGUACCGUAUUCCGAUUGGUGUGCCAGAGCGUGGCAAAGCGCAACACUGUUUGGCAGGCACAAUGUGUACCGACUGGUUGUUAUAA